GUAUCCCAAAGGUCGAAUGAGGCCGUUAUUAGUUGAACCUCCGAUCGCUCCACGCGGUCAAGCGCGAGUCGGUGCCCGGGGCACGCAGCGGGAACACGCACACAGGUGCUGACUGCUGACGGCCUUCCACGACAUCUGGUUGACCGUCUAAAAACGUCAAAAAUUGACGUUGCAAGCCCUUUAGUAGGUAAAAUCCACUACACGCGUCUGGAUCUGGAUUAGUAGUUCGAGCGAGGCGGUUAUCAGACGCCUAAUCCUUGUUUGCUCGCGAACAUUGAUAGUCGUGUCGAUUUGUUGGAAGAAGCUGACACGCUGGAAGUGAAGUAAAGAUGUCUUAUGUGCGGCAGAUACUUUGUACGGUCAUAGUUUGCUGGCUAUGCAUGAACACGGGCGUGACGUUCACACUACCUUCCUCCACCCUGGAGCUGUUCGCGUCAGCCAACACAACCCUGCACCGGCCCAUGACGGAGAUGGAGCAGGCGCUCUUCGGCAGCCUCACCUCCAUCGGGGCGCUGGUCUCCACGCCGGCCGCGGGGUUCCUCAUCGACAUGAUCGGGAGGAAGUAUAGCGUCACGCUGUUCUCCGUCAUGCACCUGCUCGCGUGGAUCAUGAUAGCGGUCUCCAACCGCGUGGAGGUGCUCCUCGCCGCCAUCUUCCUGUCCGGCAUCGGCGGCGCCGGCUUCCUCGUGGUCCCCAUCUACGUCAGCGAGUUCUGCGAGGAGACCAUCCGGGGUGGCGUCGCUUCUGCCUCCGUCAUCUUCUACGCUAUCGGCAUGGCGCUGUCCUACGCACUGGGGGGAUACAUGGAGUACUACUCCAUGGUGUACACUUGCCUGGCCCUGGCUGUGCUUGGAGUACUACUGCUCAGUAUACUGAAGGAAUCUCCAUUGUAUUUGAUGAAGAAAGGAAAGGAACAGGAAGCUGCGAAGGCAGUGGCGUUCUUCAGAGCCACGAAGGUGUCCUCCAAGACAGUCCAACAGGAGCUGCUAACGAUCCGCCGCAUUCUGGAUGCUGCUAAGUUGGAGACAGAUACUCCGGCAGAAGAAUGUAAACUUGGGGCUACCUUUACAGAGAAUCCGGUUCAGAAGUUUUCUACCAUCCAGUUUGUUAGGAAAUCGUACUCCACCCGCCGCGCCCUGAUGGUGACGCUGACGCUGGCCACAGCGUCGGUGUUCCAGGGCCUGGUGGUGGUGCAGGUGUACGCGGAGACGCUGUUCUCGAAGGCCAUCCCCAGCAUGUCGGCCACCAUCUCCAGCAUCGUGUUCUCCAUCAUCACGCUGGCGUCGGGGCUAGUGGCUGCCUAUUAUACGGACGCCGCUGGGAGAAAGGUUCUCAUGCAAUACGCCUCCCUAGCAUCUGGCGUGUGUUGCCUGCUGCUCGGGUCGCAGAUCCACGUGAGCUGGGCGCCUGACGUCAUGACCGCUGUGGUCAUCUACACCUUCUGUGUGGCCUACUCCUUCGGAGCUGCCACCAUCCCGUUCGUGCUGAGCGCUGAGGUCUUCUUACCUGAGGUGAAAGGCGUCCUCUCGAUGCUGGUGAUCGAGUGGACGUGGUUCUGCAGCUUCGUGGUGCUGUUCAUCUUCAACCCGCUGGUGGCGGCCAUCGGGCUCGGCCAGAUCUUCUACCUGUUCGCCGUCGUCUGCUUCGCCACGUCAGUCUUCACGUACUACUGCCUGCCCGAGACCAAGGGGCUGCCCGUCGACGUUAUACAGACGCUCUUCGAGAGGAGGAGGACGUGUCCGGAAAAACCGCAGGCAACAGUAGUCUGCUACAUACGUAUGAGCUUCGUGAUCACGUUCUCAUGGCCCGCGUUCACGAGCAGCCUGUUCAAGUCGGAGGCCACACCACUGCACCGGCCCAUGUCGGGGUUCGAAUCCGCGUUGUUCGGUAGCACGGUAUCCAUUGGCGCGCUGGUGGGGACACCGAUCAUGGGGAUACUACUGGAUCUGCUGGGGAGGAAGAAGUGUAUGCUGCUGUCGGCGGUGGCUCAUGUUGUGACCUGGGUCGUGAUCGUGCUGUGUAAUCGCGUGGAGGCGCUGCUGGCAGCCAUGUUCCUGGCGGGCUGCAGCAUCGGCAGCUUCCUCGUGAUCCCCGUGUACAUCGCCGAGGUCUGCCAGCCCGCGCUGCGCGGCGCCAUGGCCUCCUGCAUGCUGUUAGCCUACGGGAUCGGCAUGCUGCUCUCCUUCUUGUUGGGUGGAUAUCUACAAUACACCCCGAUGUGCUACGUGUGCUUAAUAAUCGCUGUGCUGGGGGCGGCCUUAACUCUGCUACUGAAAGAAUCACCCGUAUACUUAAUGAAGAAGGAAAGAGAAGAAGAUGCUAUAAACGCCGUCGCGUACUACAGAAAUACGACCAAAGACUCCAAAGACGUAAUGCAAGAGGUCGACAACAUUAGGAAAAUGUUAGGAAAAGCCGAAGCAGUGCCAACUAAAGAAGAAGAAUCACAGAAAACAGUGGAGAGAUCAUUUUGGCAGCUUCUCAAAAGACCGUCGACGAGAAAAGCGUUGAGUUUGGUGUUGACGCUGCUGACGUGCUCCAUAUUCCACGGAUACGUGGCCGUGUGCGUGUACGCAGGGGACCUGUUCGGAGCGGCCGUGCCGAGCGUGUCCCCGGUCUUGUGCAGUGUGCUGAUGGCACUCGUGUCUAUUGCUGCCAAUUUGCUGUCUGCGUACUUGAUUGACGUGCUUGGGCGGAGACCUCUCAUGUUGUGGUCGUCGCUGGGCUCCGGGCUGUGCUGCGUGCUGCUCGGGUCCCAGAUCCAGCUGCAGUGGGCCCCGCCCGUGGCCACGGCGGUGGUCAUCCUGGUCUUCUGCUUUAUCUACACGGUGGGCGCGGGAGCCGUCCCGUUCGUGGUGGCGGCUGAAGUCUUUCUGCCUGAGGUAUCCAGCAUCCUGUCCAUGCUAGCGUACGAGCUGACCUGGGCCAGCACGUUCGCCAUCCUGUUCGCGUUCGGCCCGCUGGCGAGCGCGCUCGGGCUCGGCGGCCUGUUCUACCUGUUCGCGGUCGUCUGCUUCGCCACCGUGGGCUACGCGGCCUACUGCCUGCCCGAGACCAAGGGGCUGACGGUUGAUGCUAUACAGGAACUGUUUUAGAGGAUUUUUUAAAUAAAUGAGAAAAAAAUCAUGCUAG